AUGGCUAACGACGAGAAAAGAGAGUCCCAUGAAGCCGGGGGUUCGGUGGCCAUUGGAGAUGAGGCCUUCCAGCAGGCCAUGAUCAAGGAGCCGCCCGGCGUAUUCGAGUCGCCUGUUCUCAUCCUGGCGAGCUUCGUGGCAUUCUGCUGCUCAACAGCUAACGGCUAUGACGGCUCGCUCUUUGGUACCUUGCUUUCCAGCGACAUCUUUACGGCCUACUUUACUGUCGAUAAUGCCGGUCUAUUCACAGGAAUCGUCACGGCGAUGUACCAGAUCGGCUCGGUGGCAGCAAUCCCCUUCGUCGGCCCAGCCAUCGACACCUGGGGCCGUCGGGCUGGCAUGUUCAUCGGCGCGUUCAUCAUCAUCAUCGGCGUCAUCAUCCAAGUCACCUGCAUCACCAGACCCGACACCACCAACCAGUUCAUGGGCGGCCGGUUCUUCCUCGGAUUCGGCGUCUCCAUCAUGUCCGCCGCCGGCCCUACCUACGUUAUCGAGACAGCCCACCCCGCCCACCGCGGUGUUGUCGGAGGUCUGUAUAACGUCAUGUGGCCCGUGGGUGCCCUCGUCGCCAGCGGUGCUGCCCGCGGUGGCCUCGCUUACGCGGGAAACACAUCCUGGAUGAUCCCCGUCGGUCUGCAGCUGAUGUUCCCCUGCAUUGUCGCCUUUGGCGCUUUCUUCCUCCCCGAGUCGCCGCGUUGGCUUUAUACUCGUGGAAAGCGUGACCAAGCAGUCGCUUCGCUCACUCGAUACCACGGCAGAGGGAACCCGGAUAGCGAGUGGGUGAAGCUGCAGUUGAUGGAGUAUGAGCAGAGCUUGGAGAUGGAUGGGUCGGAUAAGAGAUGGUGGGAUUACCGUGCCUUGUUCAAGGACCGUGGCUCUACCUAUCGUAUCCUGUGCAACUGCUUCGUGUCGCUGUUUGGACAGUGGGCUGGAAAUGGUAUCGUGACGUACUAUUUGAGUGCCUUCCUCGACACCGCCGGUAUCCACGGCCAGGUCACCCAAAUGAACGUCCAACUCGGCAUGAGUGCCGUCCAGGUCGUCUUCGCCGCUGCUGGAGCCACAAUCGUAGACAAGGUCGGUCGUCGUCCCAUGCUGAUCAUCGUCAACAUCGUCUGCUGCUUCUGCUGGAUUGGUGUCAUCGUCCCAUCAUCCAUCGCCAACAUCACCGAUCUCGGCUCCGAGGCGCAAACAAAUGCCGUCCUGCCGUCUGUUAGUAAGGCCGUGCUUGCCUGGGUUUAUAUCUUCCAGAUCUGCUACUCGUUCGGCUGGACGCCGAUGCAGGCGCUUUACCCGGUGGAGGUUGUCUCGUUUGAGAUGCGUGCGAAGGGAAUGGCCUUUUCCAGUCUCUUUACCCAGAUUGGCCUACUGGUAAACCAGUUUGGUAUCCCCGUGGCACUCGACAGAAUCCACUGGAGGACAUACGUCGUGUACUGCGUCUGGUGCAUGGUCCAAGCCAUUCUAUUCUACUUUUUCAUCCCUGAGACCAAGGGCAGAACUCUCGAAGAACUCGACCAUAUCUUCCACUCCAAAAACCCCGUCAAGGAGUCGACUAAGAAGAAGAAACUCGAUAUCGACGCGAAUGCCAAUAUUGUCCAUAUUGAGAGUACCGAUAAUGUGUCUAACCCUGCAUAG